CUUGUGGAAAACAUCUGUCAGAGAGUUUCAGAUGACCAUGGCCACAAGCAUAAUCAUCGUCGGAGCCGGUCCGGCUGGCCUCACCACCGCCAUCCGGUGUGCUCAAAGCGGCGCCGCGAAGGUCACUGUUCUCGAGUCCCGCCAUCUCAGUGACGGCCAGGAAGGAAACGGAAGCGAUAGUAACACCCAGUCGUUCAUGGAGUCUCCUCCCACUGCCGAUACCGAAGAGAGGGGAAAGAGUUUUCGCAGUGUAUUUCAGCGGAAAAACAUAUUUCAGCUGAAUCACUGGGUGUUCGAGCAGCUCACCGCUUUGGGUGUCCAUCGCGAUAAUGAUACCUUGCAAGCAAGUCGCGUGGGUGGAAUACAUUUAUGCGACCAGUACAAACCCCCGGACGUGAUUUCUGACGGCUCUCCUAAAGAACGUCUGGGAACUCGGUUAGAAGCAUCGUUCACUUUUGCUCUUCCCUGCGUGCACGACGCUGAGGCAAUACGUGAAGUGCUGCGACAAAAUCCCGCGCCAGCCUUGAGCAACCUCUCCCCCGAGCGUCUGCGCGACGACAACAUCCCUUUCGGAGUUUGCAACGUGCCAGUUCAGGCGCUGCAGCGGUCACUAUAUGAGGUAGCAGGCGCCAAAUAUGCCGACGUGAUCGAGUUUCACUUUGGGGUUCAGGAGUUGGAGCUGGUGGAAGACAAGGACCACUGGGGCAUCCGAUAUCAUACGGGCGACGCAACGGCAACUCAGCUGGCCAAACCUGACCUCAUCGUUCUCGCAGAGGGGUCGCGGCGAGCCUUGGCAUUCAAGGCUCUAACCAAAGAAGUGCUCAUGGAGUCAUCACCGCAACAUUUUCUCUACUACUGUCUGUCCGCCAGCGGAACACAAUGCGCUGGUGCAGACAUUUACUUUCGUCGACAUUAUGACGAAAAGCUCGGCACCAUGCUCAAACAAGCCCUCGUUGGCCAUCCUGCCACGCAGGCGGUCGUCUCGGUCCAAAUCCCUCCCUCCAUUGCGGCAAUCCACCCCGAAAGGCCAUCUCUAUUACAGGACCAAAUCGAGGCGCUGGUUUCAGGCGCUUGUCAGCGCUUCCACGACGCUUUCCCUUCGUUGACCAGCGACUCCCUCCUUCCCGACCCGGAGACACCCAUCACGGUGUUCAAAGUCCAGGAGACUCAUCUCAAACGUUACGCUGCCCGCAACGUCAUCGCUAUUGGCGACUGCGCGCGUACCGGCCAUUUCAACUCGGCGCUGGGGGCCGCGUUUGCCCUCGUGUCGGAUGUGAAUGCGGUUGGGGCGUUGGUUGAUGCGGUUGUGUCAAGGGAGCAGGGAGAGCAGCAGAUCAGUGUGGAAGAGGCUUUCGUUGCAUUCGAUGCCGCACUAAGGCACACCACGCAAGUCUUUCAUGACCAUGAUCUCACAUGGUUUUAUGAACGAUUCUGAUUGUUUGUUGUCUGAUCAAAGUAGACUGUCAAUGUAAUGUAGCUUUGAAGAUAACCACCCCUAAUGGCUUUGCGGUACUGUGGUUAGGAGGAAAACCCUUUCAACAGCAGAAUCGAACAGG